AUGAUGUAUCUCCCUGUCAGAUCUAGACCCAAGAAGACCGAUAUUAUCCGGUCACGCAAUGGGUGCAAGAGUUGUAGGCAGAGGCGAACCAAAUGCGAUGAAAAUCAACCCACGUGUGGGACCUGUGCCAGGUUAGGCAAAACAUGCGAGCGCUUUUCUGAGGUUGUGCAAUUCCGUGUUGUGACUUCCUCAGAUCCUCGAACCCCAAAGAAGCUGAGAGGUAAAGACCGCCCUCAUGCACCUCUAGGGCUAAGUCACGCAGAACCUGGGAACGUCUGUUGUGGCAGUGUGGAUCUGAUAAGGUCGCUACAACAUACAGAGCGGGACGUUUUCUACCUUACUUACUGGGAAGAUCAGUGCCUGCCAAGUCUGCAUCCCAUACUCUGCACCUUUACUCAGUCAGCAGCGGCAAACGCAAUGUUGAAGAAUACAAUGCUAGCCCUGUCAGCAUGUAAUCUCAGCCGCCUCAGUCCAGAAGACAGAAUGCGCUCGGAGAGCUCUCACAUGGGGAAGUUCAGACCCAACUUAAUCCAUCAGACCAGAAGUCAGCUUUACUAUUCAGCUGCAAUAAGCAGACUGAUUAACACGCAUCAGCUUGAUGACCGGCGGGUAGCGAUAACUGUCUUAGCCGUUAUUGUUAUCCUUUCGUAUAUGGAGUCUUCAAUGGCUAACUUUACGGCCUUUUACUGUCAUAUGGAUGGGAUCUCUCGCUUUCUCACCAAUCUGAAUGAUUAUGUUCAUGACGAGACAGUUCGGGGUCUUCUCAUCACAUGGAUGCAAAGCCGGCUUUCGGUUUGGUGGACGCGAUCCUACUUUAGCUCGGUAAAGCUGCAGCGACUUCUGCCAUCGAUCCCUCUGCCACGAAUUCUUCAAGGACAGCCAAAGUCCUUGCAUGAGCGCCGUGUCGAGAUUAUCAGUAUAAUGUGUGACUCGCAUUAUUUGAGUACUGCCUGCAUACUUCGACACUGGGACUGUGAUCAAAGCAUCGAGACCGUAAUUUCUGAACCAUCAGAUGAACCCGGCACUGAUGCAGUGCAUCACCACCUGCUCCUCACCCAACAAGUCCAACGUCUAGAUCGCUGGAUCCAGCACCUCCCAUCCGCCGAACAGCCAUUGAUGGAUUUAACCUCAACAGGCGAUGUUACCACUCCACUGCGCUUCAUCUCCCACGACGCAGCCCUAAACUACGCUUAUUACCUCACCAGUUGUAUCCUGCAAUGCCAAAAUAAUUUCUGUACUCUUCCUUCAAUAUGCCCUACUAUCGCAAGAAUGGAAGGCCGAACAACAGACUCUUACAUUUGUCUACUCCUCCGCAUUGCUAAAGCCUCGCCCCCCGUCCAUCACCUGACCAAAAAUACAUACACAAUCGGCUUCACGAACCUUCUUCUCACCGCCCUCCUCCGCACCACGUCCGUUUCCCUUGCUAUCGAGAUCCAGAAUUUUGUACAGAGCUUGGCCGACACCCUACCAACAGAAGAAGGCGGGUUCCCAAUAUACCAAGCCCUAGAGGUAAUCAAGUUGAUCAAUGUGCGGAAAAUGGCAGGGAAGGAUGUGGUUGCUGUUUCGCAGCCGGUAGAUGAUCAUGGUGGGGAACCAAAAUAUCAGUCUUAUAACAGCCAGGCUAUUCGGGAUCUGUUCUUCCAUGGGAGGGAACGCACGGGAGGCGCUUUAUUCACGGAGCGAGUGGUUGUUUGCCGUCCAGGAAAAUCAAAUGGAGGAGAGUGGAGAUGGGGAAGAGGAAGAAAACGGCCUGUUAUCUAUGUAUCGAGGUCUGAUAAAUUCUGA